AUGAAACGAGGGCAUUUGGGGUUGCUGAAACCGAAAAUCGAGCCAAUAGAUGAAGAAGAAGAAGAAGAGGAGCAAGUAUUUACGCGAACUCGACCAAUUCGAGCAGCAGCAGCAGCCGCAGCAAAUUCCUCAGAAAACCCCGAAAAUUCACCGCGUAAACGACAAAAAGCGCGAAGCAGAUCGGUUUCUUCGAGUUUACUCGGAACACUAUUCGAUUGUUGUGUGCUGAAUUUAUCGGAUAAUUGUCGAAAAACUGUCGAAAAUGGGCAUUCGAUUAGCUCCACCGAGGCUUGUUGUAUAUCCUGUUUUCAUCUGUUAUUUCGCGGAAAAGACUACGAAAAUCAGUUUUUUGAGUGGAAAAAGAAGUCGAUUGAUGGACAAUUUGCAGCGAGAAGUGAUCAAUAUGUCAAGAGAUUUAUUAAUGUAAGAAAAUCCGGCUGAAAAAUCGAUAAUUUUUCAUUUCAGAGCCAAUUUUUGCCUUACUAUAUCCGAUGUCAAAAAUGCGAAAAAUACGAGAGAUUGGAGACGACAGAGACUUUGACAGCGAGACAAAUCGCUGAUUAUUGUUGUCCGAAUGGUUGUGAGAGUUUUAUUGAGUGGAGUGUGAGUUUUUUUGACUGGAAAUGCUGAAAAUGUCUUAUUUCAGGCUUAAAAACCUUGAAUCCUUCUUAAAAUUGCUGAAAAUUUUCAGAUUUUCCUCAAAUAAAGUCUGAAAAUUUGGUUCUAGACCUCAAAAAUCUGAAAAUCUCGAAUUUCAUGCUGAAAACCUUUGAAAGUUCCUGGAAGUAUCAGAAUUUCAAUCAAAAUCCUUGAAAAUUCGGAAUUUUCAUGAUUUUUUUGACUAGAAAAAUGAAAAUUUGCUGGAAAUGCGGGUUUUAGUUCAAAUUUUUCCAUUUUUCAGUUAAAAAUUGCUGAAAAUCAGAAAAUUUUAAUAGAAAAGUCUGAAAAUGUAAUUUUAGACCUUAAAAUUCUAAAAAUAUGCUGAAAAACCUUGAAAAUACCUUGAAAAUUGCUGAAAAUUUGAUUCUAGACUUGAAAUAUCAGCAAAACUCUAAUUUCAGCCUAAAAAUAUGAAAAAAAGUCUGAAAAUGUGUUUCUAGACCUCAAAAAUCUGAAAAUCUCGAAUUUCAUGCUGAAAACCCUUGAAAGUUCCUGGAAAUAUCAAAAUUUCAUUUGAAAGCUCUGAAAAUUCGAAAUUUUAAUGAUUUUUUAAUGGAAAAUGUUCAGAAAAACAUGAAAAUAUCACAUUUUUGUGAUUUUCAGUUGAAAAUUACUGAAUAUCGUUGAAUUUGAAUGAAAAAACCUGAAAAUUUGGUUCUAGACUUCAAAAAUCUGAAAAUCUCGAAUUUCAUGCUGAAAACCCUUGAAAGUUCCUGGAAGUAUCAGAAUUUCAGUCAAAAGCCUUGAAAAUUCGGGAUUUUCAUGAUUUUUUGACUAGAAAAAUGGAAAUUUGCUGAAAAUGCUGAUUUUUAGUCAAAAUUCUUAAAACUUGCUAAAAAUAGCCUGAAAAUUCGAAGAAAAAUCUGAAAAAAUCAAAUAUUUGGCUAAAACCCCUCAUUUUUCCCCAAAACCUGAAAAAUCCCCCAUUUUUUCACAGGCCAUAUCUCAAAUCCGCUCCGACGCCAAAUGGUAUCAAAAAAACAACGGCUACCCGCCAUUACUCCAAAAUUCCGUGGCUCACGCACUCCUGGCUCAAAACUACGUGACAAGAAGUGCGGGAUUCGAUGUGACGUGUCAAAUGUCACCAGAUCUCCUAAAAACUCCGCGAAAAUGCGCGAAAAAUGUGAUGAAUAUGUUCUAUGUUCCCUACACUGAUGUGAUUGCAAAUAUUGUUCAUCCGGAAUUUAUGGAAGCCGAUGAAAAACUCGCAUUCUCACAAUUUGCUGAUGAAAAUGAGGCGGUGGAUAAAAAAUCGAUAUAUUAUUUACAAGUCAGAAAUACAAUUAUUGCCAUGUGGAUUUUGAAUCCGUUUGAAGAAAUUACGGAGAAAAUGGUUGAGAUGCAAAUUAUUGUUAGAGGACAUGCAAGGAUUUUUAUUUUGGAAUAUUUAAUUGGAAGGGUUUUGCGAUUUUUGACGGUGAAAGGAGUUGUUAAUUAUGGAGCUUUUGAUUUUCGAUUGAAGAAUUUGGAUUUGAAACCGAUGGUGGGUUUUUUUAAAUUUUGAUCCCUGAAAAAAUUGCUGAAAAUUCAAUUCUAGACCUCAAAAUUCUAAAAAUAGGCUGAAAAACCUUGGGAAUACCUUAAAAAUUGCUGAAAAUGUGAUUCUAGACCUCAAAAAUCUGAAAAAUGCUGAAAAUUCAAUUCUAGACCUCAAAAUUCUAAAAAUAGGCUGAAAAACCUUUAAAAUUGCUGAAAAUUCAAUUCUAGACCUCAAAAAUCUGAAAAAUGCUGAAAACCUUUGAAAAUACCUUGAAAAUUGCUGAAAAUUUGAUUCUAGACCUCAAAAAUCUGAAAAUUGCUGAAAAUUCAAUUAAAGACCUCAAAAUUCUAAAAAUACGCUGAAAAACAUUGAAAAUACCGUUAAAAUUGCUGAAAAUUUGAUUCUAGACCUCAAAAAUCUGAAAUCAGGCUGAAAAACCUUGGAAAUGCCUUAAAAAUUGCUGAAAAUUUGAUUCUAGAGCUCAAAAAUCUGAAAAAUUGCUGAAAAUUUGGUUCUAGAGCUCAAAAAUCUGAAAAUAAGCUGAAAAACCUUGGAAAUACCUUUGAAAUUGCUGAAAAUUUGAUUUUAGACUUGAAAUAUCAGCAAAACUCUAAUUUCAGCCUGCACAAUAUGAAAAAAGUCUGAAAAUGUGUUUCUAGACCUCGAAAAUCUGAAAAUCUCGAAUUUCAUGCUGAAAACCAUCGAAAGUUCCUGGAAGUAUCAGAAUUUCAUUCAAAAGCUCUGAAAAUUCGAAAUUUUCAUGAUUUUUUGAUGGAAAAUGUUCAGAAAAACAUAAAAAUAUCACAUUUUUGUGAUUUUCAGUUAAAAAUGGCUGAAAAUCGGUAAAUUUUAAUAGAAAAGUCUGAAAGUUUGGUUCUAGACUCGAAAUAUCUGAAAAAAUGCAAUAUUAGGAUGAAAACCCGGGAGGUUAGAGACGCAGAGAGGUCAGACAGCUAGAGUCUACUAGAAGGUUAGAGACGCAGAGAAUUUGGCCGCUGACGCGGAAGCUUGCGGUUUACACUCGCUCCGCUCGAAUUUUGAGUUCUUCUGACGUCCCUCUGCGUCUCUAACACUCUAGUAAUCUCUAGCUGUCUGAUCUCUCUGUGUCUAUAACUUCCCUCUCUGGCUACAAAGUUUUGAUUCGCAGAGAGGGAAAACUACUAGAGCCUUCUAGAGACUGCUGAGCUAGAGACGCAUAGAGAUUAGACGGCCAGAGUAUGUUCUAAAGUCAGAGACGCAGAGGGGCGGGUCAGACAGCUAGAGACUAUCAGAAUGUUAGAGACGCAGAGAGUUGCGAUUCACACUCGCUACGCUCGAGCUAGAGAGGCUGUCUGACCUCUCUGCGUCUCUAACCUUAGAAAAUGCUCUAGCUGUCUGGUUUCUCUAACUCGACUAUAGAUCACGAGAAAGUUAGAGACACCAGACAUCUAGAGUCUUCUAGACUCUAACAGAAGGUUAGAGACGCAGACAUCAGUCUUCUUCUUCCAGAAAGUCGCCAUAAUCGGAGCCGGUUUGUCGGGAAUCAGCGCCGCCCGUCACCUCCAACACCUUGGCAUCGAUCCAAUAAUUUUCGAGGCUCAAAAUCGAUGUGGCGGCCGAAUGAACGACGAUAAAACAUUGGGAGUCGCUGUUGGAAGAGGUGCCCAGAUUAUUGUCGGAAAUAUCAAUAAUCCCAUCACGUUGCUCUGUGAGCAGGUGAGAUUUUUUGGGCGGGAAAUUUGAAGCCACGCCCACUUUUCUAUGCGGCAGCCAAAAAUUCUGCAUUUUUUGACACCAAACACGGUGUAUUUUGAAGUUAAUCUGAGCAAUGCUGAGAAAUCCUCUAAUUUUUAAGUUAAUCUGAGCAAACCUCUAAUUUUCAAAUUAAUCUGAGCAAUCCUCUAAUUUCAAGUUAAUCUGAGCAAUGCUAAAAAUCCUAUAAUUUCAAGUUAACCUGAGCAAUCCUCUAAUUUUCAAGUUAAUAUGAGCAAUCCUGAGAAAUCCUCUAAUUUUCAAGUUAAUCUGAGCAAUGCUGAAAAAUCCUCUGAUUUUCAAGUUAACCUGAGCAAUCCUGAGAAAUCCUCUAUUUUUCAAGUUAACCUGAGCAAUCCUCUAAUUUUCAAGUUAAUCUGAGCAAUCCUCUAAUUUUCGAGUUAAUCUGAGCAAUCCUCUAAUUUUCAAGUUAACCUGAGCAAUGCUGAGAAAUCCUCUAAUUUCAAGUUAAUCUGAGAAAUCUUGAAAAAUCCUCUAAUUUUCAAGUUAACCUGAGCAAUCCUGAAAAAUCCUCUAAUUUUCAAGUUAAUCUGAGCAAUCCUGGAAAAUCCCUAAAUUUUUCAAAAACUACGAAGCUCCGCAAUAACGCAGUACCAUUUUUGGCACCAAAAAUCAGAAAUUCAAAUUUUUAUGUGUCCUGGGCAUGUUUGGUGUCAAAAAAUGCAGAAUUUCCCCAGGGGGCACAGAAAAAUGGGCGGAGCUUCAGAAUACACCGUGUUUGGUGUCAAAAAAUGCAGAAUUUCCCAGAGGGCACAGAAAAAGGGGCGUGGCCUCAAAAUAUUCCAUGUUUAGACUAAAAAAAAGCGCGAUUUUUGCAGCUCGACAUCAAAUACCGUAACUCGAACUUCUUCUGUCCAUUAAUCGACGAAACCACCGGAAAAUGCUUCACAAAAUCGCAAAAAAAUCUGGACGAUCAAGUCGAUUUGCACUACAAUUUCGUGCUCGACACAAUCCGCAACAAAUUUUCGACGGAAAAAAACGCGCAAGACAAAUCGCUCGAAGAAAUGUUCGAGGAGAUUUCGAAAAAUCUUCUCGAAGCUGCCAAUUUGAAAGAUCUGCAAAAGAUCAAGGACUUCAGGAAACUCAUCGAUUUUCACCUCGGAAAUCUUGAAUUCUCGUGUGGCGCCAAAGUUGGCCAAUUGUCCGCCAAGGAAUUUGAUCACAAUGAGAAAUAUGGCAAUUUUGCUGGCGAACAUGCCGUGAUUAUCGAUGGAGCGCAAAUGAUCAUCGAGAAAUUGUCGAAAAAUUUGGAAGUUAGGCUAAAUUCGCCUGUCAAGCUGAUCGAUUAUUCGAAAAAGAAGAUUCAGAUUCAUUUGGAGACGGGAGAAGUCGAAGAAUUCGAUAAAGUUAUCGUAACUUGCAGUUUGGCGGUGUUGAAAAUGAAUAUGAUGAAAAUGUUUCAUCCGCCAUUGCCCAAGGAAAAACGCAAAGCUAUUUUGGAUUUGGGAGCUGGUUUGAUUGAAAAAGUGAGAUUUUUGGGCUGAAAAUCGAGUUUUUUGACGAAUUUUGAGCUGAAAUUCGGUAUUUUUAGACAAAAAUUGAUCUGAGCAAUGCUUGAAAAAUUUAAUAAUUUUCGAGUUAAUAUGAGCAAUCCUGAAAAUCCACUAAUUUCAAUAUAAUCUAAAAAGUUCUAAGAAAUGAAGUUUAACAUGAGCAAUCUUCAAAAGUUUGAAAAUUGGAAAUUUUUUUCAGUUUGAUAUGAGCAAUUCUAGAAAAUUAGAGUUUAACAUGAGCAAUAUAAUUUUCCAAAGGAUUUAAUCAUUUUUUCAAAUCUAACAUGAGCAAUCCUCAAAAAUUUCGGGAAAAUGAGAGUUUAACAUGAGCAAUCAUCAAAAAUCCGGAUUUUUAAUCGAAAUUUGAUAUGGGUUUUUAAAGGAACAGAUCUAUUUACUGAAUACGGUACUUUAACAUGAGUAAUGCUCAAAAUAUUUCAAUUUAAAGGAACACCCCUCGUAUAGUUUAACAUGAGCAAUGCCUUUUGAAAAUUUCAAUUUAAAGGAACACUCCUCGUAUAGUUUAACAUGAGCAAUGCCUUUCGAAAAUUUCAAUUUAAAGGAACACUAUAGUUUAACAUGAGCAAUGCCUAAAUUGUUACUUUCAGGUCGCCGUCCGUUUUGAUCGUCGUUUCUGGUCAUCAAUCGAUGUUGGCGACAAAAAAACGGAAUAUUUCGGAAAGGUCUCGACACGAAAACAAGACCGUAGUCUCUUCAAUAUUUUCUACGAUUUUACCGGAAAAAAUGGGGCGGGCGAAGAGGAGGAGAGUUUUGUGCUAAUGAGCUAUGUGACGGCGGAACACGUGAAUUUGGUCAACGAAAAAACGGAUGAAGAAGUUGCUGGGAUGUUUGUCGAAUGUUUGAGAAGGAUGUUUCCCAAGGAGGUGAGAUUUGGCGGGUUUUGGGUGAAAUUUCGGGGAAUUUUGAGUGAAUUGUCGAGUUCUGCAGGUAAUUUGGAGCAUUUUGACAUCAAAUUUGAUAGGUUUUUUGAAUUUUGAGCAUUUUUUUGAGUUCUGGAGGUAAUUUGGAGCAUUUUAACAUCAAAUUUGAUAGGUUUUUGAAUUUUUUAGUGAAUUUUUGGAUUUUGGGUGAAAUUUGGGGAAUUUUGACAUCGAAUUUGAUAGGUUUAUGAAUUUUUAGUGAAUUUCUGAGUUCUGGAGGUAAUUUGGAGCAUUUUGACAUCAAAUUCGAUAGGUUUUUGAAUUUUUUGAGUGAAUUUUUGAGUUCUGGAGGGAAUUUGGAGCAUUUUAACAUCAAAUUUGAUAGGUUUUUGAAUUUUGAGUGAAUUUUUGAGUUCUGGAGGGAAUUUGGAGCAUUUUCAUAUGAAAUAUGAGAUUUUUUGAGUUCUGGGGGGAAUUUGGGAAAUUUUGGCGCCAAAAUUUUUCAAAUUUUCUGAAUAAUUUUCGAUUUUUGCACAUUUCUAGGCUAUUUUUCCCUGAAAAACUCGAUUUUUGACUCGAAAACACCGAAUUUUCACCCCAAAACCCUCAAAAUUUCCUUUUCCUCACAGAAAAUCGUGCCACUUGGCCAUAUGGUUUCUCAUUGGGGCGCAGAUCCCUACAUUGGAAUGUCCUACACAUUUGUUCCCUUCAACACCGCCGGCGAUCAGACUUACAAUAAGUUGAAGGAAUCAAUUUCGGAUAAAUUGUUUUUCGCCGGCGAGCACACAAUCGCCUCCGAGCCACAAACUAUGACUGGAGCCUAUAUGUCGGGAUUGAGAGAGGCCGGCAAAGUUGUGCUAAGUGUUUGUCGAAUUUGA